UUCCUACACUGCUUCGUUGGCAAGACUUAAAAAAAAAAAAAAAAGGUUUGAAAUUGAAAAAAACUCACACAGAACUCAAGAGUUAGCCGUACUCGGUACACCGGAGUCCACCACAAAAAUAGAAGGCCCCUCUUCCACUCCCACUCACACUCCUCUAUCUAACGCAACGAAUCCACCCGGCCACUGUCCAGGUUCAAUUCUGUGUAUUCAUAACUUAAAAGUUCAAAGCAGUAAUUGAUAGAAAAAUGUUCGCUGCUAAAUGUCCUGCAAUUUCUCCUCUUUCUUUCUCAAAGAAAUCCUUAAAAUGUCCAAACCACUGCCUCAAGCUCCCUUCACCCUUCACUAAUGCCCAGCCAGCAACUAAAAUAACCACUCAUCGAUCCUUACCAUGUGUUCGAUCAUCACUUUCGAUAGACCUUGAUAAAUCAGUAGCUGGCAUUACUCCUGCUCAGACCCGAGUUGAUAUCCUAGCAGAGUCUCUUCCAUACCUACAAAAAUUCCGAGGGAAAACCAUAGUCGUCAAGUAUGGUGGGGCAGCAAUGAAAUCCGAGUCUCUUCAAGCAUCAGUAAUCAAUGACCUUGUACUUCUCUCAUGUGUGGGUAUUCGCCCUAUAUUUGUCCACGGGGGUGGUCCUGAAAUCAACCAAUGGCUUGACCGCAUUGGCCUCAAACCAAACUUUCUCAAUGGCCUUCGUGUGACUGAUGCAUCCACUAUGGAAAUAGUCACUAUGGUUCUUGUGGGGAAGGUCAAUAAACAACUAGUCUCUCUCAUAAAUAAGGCGGGGGCCACUGCUGUUGGGCUGUCCGGAUUGGAUGGCCGCCUCCUCACAGCACGUCCAUCUCCUAGAGCUGCCGAACUCGGUUUUGUGGGCGAGGUAGCUGUUGUGGAUCCCACUGUUCUUCGGCCCUUAGUGGAAAAUAAUCACAUUCCUGUCAUUGCCUCAGUGGCAGCCGACGAGAAAGGACAGUCUUAUAACAUCAAUGCAGACACUGUGGCAGGGGAACUUGCAGCUGCUUUGGGUGCUGAAAAGCUUAUAUUGUUAACUGAUGUUGCGGGGAUUUUGGAAGAUAAAGAUGAUCCGAGUAGUUUAGUGAAGGAGAUUGAUAUUGCCGGGGUAAGGAAGAUGGUUUCAGAAGGGAAGGUUGCUGGUGGGAUGAUCCCGAAAGUCAAUUGUUGUAUUAGAUCACUGGCUCAGGGAGUUAGGACAGCAAGUAUAAUCGACGGUAGGGUUCAACAUUCCCUACUGCUGGAAGUUUUGACUGAUGAAGGGGCUGGAACCAUGAUUACUGGUUGAUGUUUAUGUUGUGUUUUCAUUUUUUUGAUCUUCAUUGUAUCUUUCCUUUUGUUUCUUCCCUACAUUUGGAGGAGCAUAAUGGCAAGCAAUGUGUUUAUGUGAUAAUGUGAUACGGUGCGAGUCGUCUGUUGGUUAGUAACUUUUAGUACUGUACUAUGUACAAUGCAAUUUUGAUGCUGAAUAAAUUUUAGUUUAGUAGUUUGUAGCUGGA